AUGAAGAAGCGUGCGCACGACCCAGACUCGGACCCCACCUCCUCCGCGCCGACCUCGAAGCGUCAAAAGAUGGACGUCGACCUCAGCCCUCUCCCGCCAGCCGAGUUGGCGCUCGCGUUACCGGGCCUCUUGACGCGUCCGCCCACUCACCCCCAGCACGCCGCCGGCCUCUCCCUCUCGCGCGCCGCACUGCACAACCUCCUCUCCUCACCUUCCAACCUCUCAACUGAAGCCCAAACGCACGCCUGGCUACAACUGGCCGAAUUAUCCAUCCAGUCCCUCCCCCUCCUCCCGCUCUCAAGCGACGAAGAAGAAGCGACGACAGCCGAGAUCGACCGCGCGCUGUCCAAAGUGCUCGCCCUCGCGCCGAAGAACGAGAACGGGCGGAAUAUGAAGACGCAGGCGGUGCUGCUGCAGGUGCAGAUGGCUGCGGGACGCGGGCAGGCGAAGUUCGCGCUGAAGUUGCUGGGCAGGUUGAUGAGUGGGUUUGGGGAGAAGGAUCCGCCUGCGCUGGUGUAUAGCGCGCGGCUGGCGAAGGUGCAGCUGCAUCUGUCUGCACCUAGGCCGGCGCCGGUCGCUCUAGAGGAGGACGCGCCACUGCGGACGCCCGCGGCGGAUAAAGACCCGGCGAUGAGCGAGCUGCGCGCCGCGUUAGACGCUAUACGCGAUAUGAGAGCUCUGGCGGAUAAGAGCGGCGAAGGGCACGCGCAUGUAGCCUUGUUGUGCUGCGUGCUGAGGGCGGGCAUCGUCGUCACGCGCGGGCUGUGGGCAGAAGCCGAGAGCGCGGUCAAGGACGCGGAAGAGGCGCUGGGGUUGACGUACCCCGAGAGUCCGAAGCCGGGCGCGCUGAGGAGGACGAGCACGGGAAACACAGCCGCUAGCGGCUCCUCUGUGCCUUCUACCACCACCGUCAACGACAAGGGAAAGACCAAAGCCAAGCCGGAGACGUUCGUGAUGUUCGAGGACGCGUUCGAGGCGACGCGACGCGACGGGCGCGGCGUGUCGGUUGAGCCAUUUGCAUGCGUUGCUGGACGAGGGCGCGAUGAGUGCGUUUCCGGAUGGGGUGGUCGAGAUUCAACUACCCACAGGCCCACCCCUCUGCGUCCGCACAAAUCCUCCACGCGUCCUCUUCGCCCUCGGCUACCUCGUCUCAGCAUCCUCUCAGCAUCAGCCAAGCGCGACCCCGUAGGCCGCAAACCCAAACGAGCGACUUCUGCCCAGGCCGGGUUGUAUAACCUUGACGAGAAGGAGGGACCGGCGUCCGAGUUUCCGCGAUGA